AUGGUAGUGCUGCAUCAUAAUGACCUGGAUCGUACUCUGUGGGGGCCAGCGUCGACUAGCGGUCGAUCACAAGUCACUGAUGUUGCUAUCUACAUCCAAUUUGCUGUGGUGGGAUUACUUGGUGUGGUUUGUGCUCUAGACUACGAGAAGCCAGAAUCAGUACGGUUGGCGGUAGCAGGAGUAACGCAGCUGAUGUAUUUUCGCAGCACUGCACUGUUUGUCCGCGUAAUGCUGUUUGUGUCUGCCAUAGUGUUAUACGGAGACGUUAUUAUUCCGAUCAAUCGCUUUGCCAGAAAUGGAGAAGCUCUGAUGCUGCCUACUGCCAAGCUGGUGCUGCACUGCAUUUGGAUGUGGAACACGCUACGCAUCUUGUAUGCAAUUUUUCAGUCAGGAGCCCUCACAUCAGGUGGGCAGAAGAAGCUUUUGGGGGUGCCAAGCGCAUACAAAAGGCGCCCGAAAGUUGCGUAA